AUGGCGUAUAGAGCAUCAGUGCAUGAAACGACUGGGUUCACUCCCAACUUCAUGAUGUUUGGUCGGGAGGUAUCUACCCCACUUGACAUUAUGUACGAUAUGCCCAAUGCAGUCAAAUACAUCCCUAGUAAUCAGUGGGCUUGGCAUCUCAAGGAGACAAUGGAAGAUGCCCAUAGACAUGUUAGGGAAAAUAUAAAAACGGCCAUGAUCAGGCAAAAGCGAUAUCAUGACCAGAAGUUAUCCUGGCAGCAUUUUAAGAAGGGUGACGAAGUUUAUGUCUUUUUCCCUGUACGGAAAGCGGGAUUUUCGUCGAAGUUUACAAUCUACUGGCGUGGUCCGUACGAGGUCCUUGACAAAAUGACAGACAUUACCUACAAGGUAAACUGUGGACCACGAGGAAAGUCACAAAUUGAGCAUGUGGACAGAUUGCGUCUCAAACGUAGCCAGACGUUAAGGGACAAGGUUGUAGAGGACAAUAGAAAUGGGGAAAAGGCAGGUAUUAAACAGAUUGUGUCUGUGCAGGAAAAAUCAGGAAUACAGCAUAUUUGUGACGUACAUUAA